AUGAAGGACGGUUUCAUGGGACCUGGCGAGCUAAGACGUGUUAAGUCACGGGCUCACUUCGGGGCAGUUGCGGUCUCUUGCGGUGCUGCUACGGCGACUUCAAGACUGAUCAUCAGGGCAGGAUCUCGAUCCGUACUCCUCACCCUCACCCCCCUUCGCCCGCUCGUUCGAUUUGGGUACAAUCAGGCUCUGGCUGCGUACCGCUGA